GAGUGCGGGAAGGGAGGGGGGGGAGAGCUCACAGCGACAGCAGCUGGUCUCGGUGUAAACAAGUCGCGGCUUCGAACCCGGGGCGUGGGGACAGCGCCCCGGCUCCGGAGCGCCCCAUCACCCGAUCCCAGACCCCGGCGGACCGGGCCCCCCGCGCACCUAGGCUCUGGGCUCCCUUUGCUCACCGUGGUCCCCUCCUCGGGUGGGGCCACUGCCCCCAGCCCCCACCAUGGUUCGGAUCUCCAAGCCCAAAACCUUCCAAGCUUAUCUGGACGAUUGUCACCGAAGGUAUAGCUGUGCCCACUGCCGGGCACACCUGGCCAACCAUGAUGACCUCAUCUCCAAGUCCUUCCAGGGAAGUCAGGGCCGUGCCUACCUCUUCAACUCUGUGGUGAACGUGGGUUGCGGGCCAGCUGAAGAACGCGUGCUACUAACUGGACUCCAUGCUGUGGCUGACAUUCACUGUGAGAGCUGCAAGACCACGCUGGGCUGGAAAUAUGUGAGUGUGACCUGUAGUCCUCCCAUAGUCUCUAAAAGAAAAGUCAGACCCCAGGUGCUAUGGAAGGUGCUAGGCUUGGAGUUUGAAGAUUUGGGCUCAAAUUCUGCCUCCAACAGAAACCUUGGGCAUCACUUCCCCACUGGGGGCCUCAGUCUCCUCACCUAUAAAAUGAGGCUUAAACUAGAUCACCUUUAAGGUCCCUUCCAGACCCAAGUCCAUGAGUCUUUUCUGGUCCCUCGUCAGGUCCCUUUUAAAAAAGAAGUACUUAUAGAGCCCUGAACUUUUUCAAAGCUGUUUCCUAUGUGUUCUCUUAUUUGAUUCUCACCAUCACAUGAGGUGUAGGUAGCUUAGGCAUUACAACCCUCAUUUGACAGGUGAGAAAACUGAAGACUGCAGUUAAACAAGUUCUUCCAUGGGGAAGCCAGAAAUAGACUUCAGUCAAAAACUUUCCAACCUAAUACUUCUCUUCAGAAGCAAGUCUGUUGGAGAGGAAUACCCCUCCUCCCCACCUCCAACUGGCUCUUCUCUACCUUCCAGGAACAGGCCUUUGAGAGCAGUCAGAAAUACAAGGAGGGGAAGUACAUCAUUGAGCUCAACCACAUGAUCAAGGACAAUGGCUGGGACUGACCUCCAACCUCCAACCCCAGCUUCAUGAUUCUCCCUGAUAAGAUGAUUCUGCUGCCCCAACCCCAGCCAGGCUGCUGGAGGAGGGGCACUAGUGGGAGAAACAACUACUUGCUUACUCUCCAGGGACCCUGGGGGAAUGGCAAGUUCUCCCUCCUCAGGGCUUUGUUGGGUGAUGGCUCCAAGCCCUUGUACAUACAUUUUAUUAUUUUAUUGCAUGCACUGUGACUUUUUUGGGGGGGAGUGGGGGAAGAAAUGUCCCUGUUCUGCUGCCUCCCAUGAUCUGGCUGGUUUGGAUCUCAUUUUUAACCCUCUCCUUGCCCCAGUUUCAUUUGUAGAUAUGCCCUUUGUUGUACAUAACUCCCUGGCUUCCUCUCCAUGGCCACCCCUUUUCCUCUUGCCUAUAUACCUCAAGCCUGUGCCACUCUUUCCCCAGAAUUUCCUUACUCCUUCGUGGUCUGUAGCAUCUGUAAAUAAAACUCCCAGAGAUACCA